AGCUCUCCCCGGGGUCCCACUAAGCCCCCCGCGUGCCCCUCUAUCUCCUUGGGUGACUACAGCGUGUGUUUUUUCUUUCUUUUUUUUCUUUCUCUCCUUCCUUCCCCUGCCUGUGUGCCCUUCUCCAGGAUGGCAGAGGCGGAAUUGCACAAGGAGAGGCUGCAAGCCAUAGCAGAAAAAAGAAAGCGGCAGACAGAAAUAGAAGGCAAGAGACAACAGCUCGACGGGCAGGUGCUGCUGCUGCAGUAUUCCAAGUCCAAAGUGCUUCGGGAAAAAUGGCUGCUCCAGGGCGUACCCGCAGGAACAGCGGAGGAGGAGGAAGCCAGGCAGCGGCAGUCUGAAGAGGAUGAGUUCAAAGUCAAGCAACUUGAAGAUAACAUUCAGAGGCUGGAGCAGGAAAUACAAGCGCUGGAAAGUGAGGAGUCCCAGAUAUCUGCCAAAGAGCAAAUCAUCCUAGAGAAGCUAAAGGAGACCGAGAAAUCCUUCAAGGACUUGCAGAAGAGCUUCUCCGCCGCGGAUGGGGCUAUAUACGCCAUGGAAAUUAAUGUGGAGAAAGACAAACAAACAGGAGAGACCAAGAUUCUCUCUGCUUCCACCAUUGGCCCAGAGCGGGUCCAUCAGAGAGGAGUCAAAGUCUAUGAGGAUGGUACCAAAGUAGUGUAUGAGGUGCACUCAGGAGGCACGGUGCUAGAAAACGGAGUGCACAAACUGAGCGCAAAGGACGUGGAAGAGCUAAUUCAGAAGGCCGGGCAAUCAAGCUUAAGAGGAGGGCACAUGCCGGAAAGGACUGUUCUUGCGGAUGGGAGCCUGGGCCAUCCCAAGGAGCACAUGCUCUGCAAAGAAGCCAAGUUAGAAGUGGUGCAUAGUAAGUCCAGGAAAGAUCAGUCUUCCGGGAAGCCAGGGCAGCCAGCCCAGGCCCCCGGCACUGAAGGGCAAGAGGCAAACCUGGAUCAGCCAGUCACCAUGAUUUUUAUGGGCUACCAAAACAUCGAGGAUGAAGAGGAGACCAAAAAGGUGCUAGGCUACGACGAAACCAUCAAGGCGGAAUUGGUCCUCAUCGAUGAAGACGACGAGAAGUCCCUAAGAGAGAAGACCGUGACGGACGUGUCCACCAUCGACGGGAACGCGGCCGAGCUUGUGUCCGGGAGGCCGCUGUCAGACACCACAGAGCCCUCGUCCCCAGAAGGCAAAGAAGAGAGCCUGGCCACAGAGCCGGCCCCAGGAGCUGGGUGGUCGAGGAUGCUGCUACAGGGAGAUGAGGCCAUUGCAGAUGCUGCAGAAACAUCCGGCACAGACAUGACCGUCAAGAAGCCUCCCCAGAUUUGCGAGGAUGAUAACCAGCUGAGGAAUACGCAAGACAACUGUGGUGCCAGUCUCCUGGAGCCUGCCACCAGCUCUCUUUCCCCAGAUCACAAAAACAUGGAAAUUGAGGUAUCUGUUACAGAAUGUAAAAGUGUUCCUGGAAUCACCUCUGCCCCCCAUCCCAUGGACCACUCCUCCCCUUUCUAUUUGCCCCCCCAUAAUGGCCUACUCAGUGAUCACCAUGCGUCCCUGGAUCAUGAUGUGGCCAGAGAGAUCCAGUAUCUAGACGAGGUGCUGGAGGCCAACUGCUGCGAUUCUGCCUUGGAUGGAACUUACAACGGAACCUCCUCUCCAGAGCCCAGUGCCGCUGUCCUGGUGAGCAGUCCACCUGCCCACACACCUGCCCACGCAGCCACCCGGCCAGAACCUGCUGAGAGAACAGCUGGCAGGCAAGUGCCUCCUCACAUCGAGCUCAGUAGAAGCCCUUCUGACACCAUGGCAGAGGGGGGCAGAGCAAACGGCCACGCCCCCGCCCAGGCCCCGGACAUGCUGGGGAGCAGCCUGCAGGCCCCUGCCAGUCCCAGCUCCUCCACCAGCUCCCGCUGCUCCUCCCGAGAUGGGGAGUUCACGCUUGCCACGCUGAAGAAGGAGGCCAAGUUCGAGCUGCGGGCCUACCAUGAGGACAAGAAACCCUCGAGGCUCUUUGAGGAAGACGAGCGUGAGAAGGAACAGUUCUGUGUCAGGAAAGUGAGGCCCUCGGAAGAGAUGCUGGAGCUGGAGAAGGAGCGGAGGGAGCUUAUCCGGAGUCAGGCCAUGAAGAAGAACCCUGGCAUCGCAGCCAAGUGGUGGAAUCCCCCUCAGGAGAAGACCAUUGAGGAGCAGAUGGACGAGGAGCAUCUGGAGUCACACAAGAAGUACAAAGAGCGCAAGGAGAAAAGGGCCCAGCAGGAGCAGUUCCUGCUGCAACAGCAGCAGCAGCAGCAGCAGCAGCAGCCCCCUCCGCAGCUUUGCACAGCCCCUGCUCCCUCUCAGGAACAUCUUGGUGGCACUGGCAUUGCUAAGGACAUUGUCACAGAGCAGAUUGACUUCUCUGCUGCUCGCAAGCAGUUCCAGCAGAUGGAGAAUUCCAGGCAAACAUUGGCAAAGGGCCAGAGCACACCGAGGUUGUUCUCCAUCAAGCCUUUCUACAGGCCUCUGGGAUCCAUCCAUUCAGAUAAGCCACCGACCAUCUUGAGACCAGCUUCGGUUGGGUCACUUCCAGAAGACGGUGGUACAUCAGUAGCCAAGGGGUCAAAAACAGCCUGUGUGUUAGAGAGCCAGUCUGUGGGAGCAGGUCCAGGUAGCAGUGCUCCUCAGGGAAAGGAAGGGCCCUACAGCGAGCCCUCCAAACACGGGCCCUUAGCUAAACUGUGGGGAGAAGAUGGAGAGUUCACAAGUGCCCGAGCUGUCCUUACCGUGGUCAAGGAUGAUGAGCAUGGCAUUUUGGAUCAGUUUUCAAGAUCGGUUAAUGUCUCUUUGACCCAAGAGGAGCUUGACUCAGGUCUGGAUGAGUUGUCAGUUAGGUCUCAGGACACCACUGUCCUGGAGACCCUGUCCAACGACUUCAGCAUGGACAACAUCAGUGAUAGUGGGGCUUCCAAUGAGACACCCAACGCGCUCCAGGAAAAUUCCCUGGCUGAUUUCUCUCUGCCUCAGACUCCCCAAACAGACAACCCCUCAGAGAGCCGAGAAGGGGUCUCCAAGUCAUUCAUCGACCAUGGUUUCUAUUCCCCUUCCUCCACACUGGGCGGCUCUCCGACAGUUGAUGACCCCUUAGAAUAUCAGGCUGGGCUCCUGGUGCAAAAUGCUAUUCAACAAGCUAUGGCCGAGCAGGUGGAUAAGGACACACCCCCAGCCAUCAAGGAAGGACCAGAACGUCAGGGACCCAGAACAACCCAAGAGGAAGGUGAAAGCAGGGCUCCCAGCUCCCAGAAGCCCCAGAACAUGUUUGCGCCACCUCAGGUGUCUUCUCCUGUUCAAGAGAAAAGGGAUGUAUUACCAAAGAUUCUGCCUGUGGAGGACAGGGCACUCAGGGAAACGGGGCCCUCCCAGCCACUGCCCGCUGUGCAGCCUAGUGGCCCCAUCAACAUGGAGGAGACCAGGCCCGAAGGAGGCUAUUUCAGCAAGUAUUCCGAGGCAGCCGAGCUGAGAAGCACAGCCUCCCUCCUGGCUACUCAAGAAUCUGAUGUGAUGGUUGGGCCCUUCAAGCUGCGAUCCCGGAAGCAGAGGACUUUGUCCAUGAUCGAAGAAGAGAUCCGAGCAGCCCAGGAGAGGGAGGAGGAGCUGAAGAGACAAAGACAGGUCAUGCAGAGUGCACCGAGCCCCAGGGCCAGGAAUGCCUCAUCAUCACUGCCUUCUAGAAGCUCCUGCUACAAAACCGCCCCAGGGAAGAUAGAGAAGGUCAAACCUCCGCCAUCCCCCACAACUGAAGGUCCCAGCCUGCAGCCUGACUUAGCCCCUGAAGAGGCCGCCGGGACCCAGCGGCCCAAGAAUCUGAUGCAGACCCUCAUGGAAGACUAUGAGACACACAAAUCUAAAAGGCGCGAGAGAAUGGAUGAUAGUAGUGUCCUCGAGGCCACACGGGUUAAUAGAAGAAAGAGUGCUCUGGCCUUGCGUUGGGAGGCAGGGAUUUAUGCCAACCAGGAGGAGGAAGACAAUGAAUGAACUAUCUUUAGCCCAGGAAACUAGUUUGGUGCUUGAGGGUACCAAGAAACCAAGAAAUUAUCCAAUCAAAGCAUUUUAAUGGACUAUUUAUUAAAGUGCAUACAAACUCAACAAUCCUUAUGUAGACCAGAAGCUGCAAUACAUAAUGAAAAUAAAUAAAUAAAUAAAUAAAUAAAUAAAUAAAUAAAUAAAUAAAGAGGAAAGGAAGUCCACCCAUCAAACUCUGAGAUCCAGGAGUCAGAAGAAACAGAUUUCUUUGUGACUCAAUGAAGCCCCUGGAUUUGGACCAUUCCACAGUUGAUCCCAAAGGAACAGAUGCUCCAAGCAUAUCACCAUGGCUGCUGCAGUCAGAACUGAGAGCAGCCUUCCUGGGUGAUGAGGAGGACCAAUGGUGACAGGGCCAUUUCCAGACAACAAGGCCCAGGCUGAUGCAGUGGGCAUGGCAGAGGGUAUUUCUCCACACCAGCUUCCCACCCCUUCCUUGCUUGCCACAUCAGAAGUGUUGGGUUGACUCCAUUUUCUCCGGCAGCCAUAAUGUGAAUGCUGUUUCUUUCCAGAGUUGCCCUGAAGGGCAGGGAUGAUUCAGUUUCUCUCACAUGUAAUUAUUUUUAAUUGGGAACAAUUAAUGGUUUCAAUUCACAAAAUUUCACAUUUUUAGAUGAUUAUCUCUUCAUGUUGCAGAUACAAUCUAUUCUACACUAGGAGAUGGAGAAAGGUGGGGAAGAAAGCCAAACCAAAUGGGUUAUUUUAGCUUUAGGAUCUUGUCUGCUUAUACUAUUGACUGAUCUACAGUUUAGGUGAACGCAUUUUCACAGUUUAUGUUUCUUCAUAUGAAAACUAUAUUUAGUGGGCAAUGACUAUUUUUGUGAUGGGAUAGGGAGAUAUAAACAUGGUUACAAUCUGUACAGCUUGGUUCAAGAUGGUAGGAGUAUUUUUAGUGUGGCAAUAAUUGAAUUACAAAAGGGGUGAACUCUGCCUUAGAGUGGUAAAUGACCAGAAAUUAAAGUGUUUAUAACUAUUUUGUAUUUUAGAGGUAGUAGGAUGAAGAAUAGAUGUGUUGGAUCUCUGAGAAAGGAAACAUUAAAGUCAUGAGGGGAGGGAGAGAAGAAAGGGAGGGAGAGGAGAAGUAGGAUAGAAGGAAGUAAGAGAGAUUAUUUUUGCUGAGCAACCAGUGUUUUUCAGGAUGAUAAAGAAAAAAAUAUAGAAUAAAAAUCUAAGUGCAGGCUUGGAAUCAGCUACAAAUCCUAAGGAUGGGUGUGUGUGUGUGUGUGUGUGUGUGUGUGUGUGUGUGUGUGUGAAAAUUUCAGGUUGAUCAUGACACAUGAGUGUUCACUGUUUCCCUCAUGGCUGUUCACCAGCUUCAGGAGUGUGUGAGAAUUGUCUUUUUUUAUGAAAAGGGAUAUAAAGGCACAGGGCAGAUGCAGUAUUUGUAAUAUUGAGUUGACCUGACAUGGUAUUUGCAUGCCAGAAUGGCAAUGUUUUUGAGCAGUUUUGUAACAUGACAUUUAGAGGAUAUUCUAUUUAUUCUCAUGCUUUGUGUCCAUGCUUAGUGUACUGUAUAGGAUGCCAGCUUUACUCUUACUGUCAUUUAAAGCAAUAUAAGGGCAUUCACUGAUUGGGUGCCCUAAAUUUCUGGAUGAGAAAUGUUCAAUUUCUGGCCAUAAAAAAAAAAAAUCCUAACCAGCCUUCAUUAUUUUUUUUAUUUUAAAACUUUGUUGUUUUUAAACAGCAAUAAUUAAAUCAGACCUCACUAAAGUUCAUUUCUUUUCUCACACUGUUAUGCUGUAAGCUCUGAUAUGUUAUCCUAACAAGUAGAUUCCAUGAGAUUUUUAUGUAGUAUUAAAUAGAUUGACUUUGUUCUUUUUGUGUUAGACUAGUGUUGUCUUUGGGGGAAAGUUUAUUCACAGAAAGUGGUGGGCAUGAAGUAAAAAUGGAUCUGUUGAAUGACUUAAGUACUCUUAAAAUUGCCAAGGGAACCUGUAAUUUGAAGCCAAAUUCUGCAGUUAGUAGCCAAAAUUGUGCAUGGGGUUAGGUACCACCUUUUGAUGGCUCGUUUUCCUAGGUAGAAUGUUCAACAACAUUCUAGUGAUUGGAAGCACAAAACAAAUCAUAUUCCAGCUGUAAGAUUCACUUUAUAGUGGGGGAGGCUGGCACGGAGGCAGAUAUCCCCAGAGAAAUGCCAUCCAUGUUAAAUCAGAAGGCCUGCCAGGUAGAAUGGGAGGCCCAGGGAAGGAGGACCAUCUUUGUCUAAGGAUUUCCAGCAGGAGAUCCAAGGUGCCUGGGCUGAGGAGCCAAUGCUGAGGGCAUUUGUUUCCAAGGAAGAUUUAGAUCGGGACAGAGAAAGCAGCCAUAGCGCCCAGUGGCCCCAGGCAUAGCUGGAUUUCCAGUGGCCGGAGACUAGAGUAGCUCUGUGGGUUGCACAGAAAAUUAAAUGUGCUUCAUGUAUCCUGGAUUUACACAUGGACCUGCUAGAGACCAUAGACACCCAUGGAAACACCCAUAUUUCACAAGAGGAAACUGUCUUUGUAACGUCUUAGACUGUUUUCUUGUUUGGAAGGUGCCCUUGGAUCCAUGUGAGAAUUUGCACCUGGAAAGAAGUGUAAAGAGGCCACACAAGUCAUGGAAUUGCUUUGCACACUGACACAGCGGUCUUGGCAGUUGAUGGAACAAGUAGCACUUACUGCUUAAGACGUUAGCAGAGCGGGGGUCCUUUGGGUUCUGUGACUGUAGUCGCACAGCUGUUUUAAUUGUGGCCCCUAAACUUCUAACUUUUGCUAGUUCCCCUUAACUGCCUUCUGUUUCUUUGCAGGUAUGUGCCUUUGAUAUGUAAAUUAAGUUUUCUUGAAAGAACCAACUCUUUCCUGUAUUAUUGUCUUUUUAUUUUUAUUUUUUAACUCAUUCAAGAAACAUUGGGCCACCACUUUGGACAUAACACUGUGCUAGGCUCUAGGAUCCCUCAUGUGUCCUCGUAACUUGUUUAGUUUUUUUUUUCCAAGGUAGGGUUUCACUCGAGCCCAGGCUGACCUGGAGCUCACUCUGUAGUCCCAGGCCGGCCUCAACUCACCGUGAUCCUCCUACCUCUGCCUCCCGAGUGCUGGGAUUAAAGGCGUGCCACCAUGCCCCAGCAGAGGUAACACUGGUAACUUUUUGACCAUGGAGCAGAUCCUCCCUGCCUCAUAGCGGAGACAAAGAGGUUUGUGGCCCAUUUUGCGUCUGAGGCUCGGCCCUACCCACAAACAGCAUGCAGGCUUGUUAUUCUUAAUGAUAACAAAAGCUUAGUCUGUAGACCUUUGAAAGUUUCCUGAAAGUGUUCUAUGCUACAGUGUUUCUAAAUGUUCACUUUCCCCUGGAGCUGACAUGCCUUGACUUUUUCAUCCAGAAAUUAGGGAAACAGGGUCUGUCAGUGGCAGGGGCCGGACUGUGUUCUACUGGGAUGAUACAAUACAAUUUCCUUGCUCUUUAUACCCAUGCAUGCUGCCCACCCUAGGCAAUGGCAUAUAGAAGCACUAUAGAGAUCAGUGUCCACAUAUAUAAUAUAUAUAUAUACACACACACACAUGUGCGCGUGCGCACACACACACACACAUACAUAUAUAUAUAUAUAUAUAUAUCAAGAAACACUAAAACAGUGUUGACUCUUGUCUCUAAAGACAUUUUUCUUUCCAAUUGAAUGGACUUAAUUAAACUCUGUAUUGAAAACAGAUAGCCUAAGUGUUAGAGAUGGUGAAUAGAUCCAGUUUUAGUUACAGACCCAAUUUCCUGGAUUUUAAGUAUUCAGUGAGCUGCCAAUUUUGAUUUUGUGUUGCUCUUUACUCAAAUGACUUUAUAUUUUUUUUCUUUUUUUUUAAUUGGAGGAGGGAACAAAGCAGCAAUACUGUGUUUGAAAAUUAUACUCUGUAUCUGGCUUUCCUGUGUUAUGUUAACCACUUAAAUGUUAUUAUCUUGCUUCGGUUUUAUAGUGAUUGUGAGGCAUUCAAUGCAAGUAUACAGUUAUUUUCUCAUUAAAA